CAGACGCAGGACAGUGCAGGGAGAAGACACAGGUACAGACGUAUAUUAGAGCUGAGGUAAGAAGUAGAAGUUACUGUAUUUGACCACAAGUGUGUUAAGAUGUCAGAGAGAGUCUAUGAAAACAGAUGGAUUUGAAGAUGACGAGCCUGAUGCAAUGAAGAACACAGACAUUGAUGGCCAAUUAUAUGCCAACGUAAGAGCCUUCAAGCCCAGUCCAAGAGAUGGAGUUGUUGCUUCAGGUAAGAUUGCACGCUCUCACAUACACACACACACACACACACACACACACACAUACACACACACACACACAUACACACACCACAAACACAUUACAAAGGUGAGAUCACUCUGUAGUACUAUAGCUUUUAUUCCCCAAUCCUGGAUGAUGCGGUAAAACAUAUUACCAAAGUUCUUACUUGAAUAAUUUGUGAUUCAGUUCAUGUUCAGUGGUGGAAGAGACCCUCUGGAGUUCCUGCAGUGUGUCUGGGGCUGCUGUGUGUUCUCCUACUGGCUGGCAUCAAAGGCCUGUCUGUCUACUGUAAGUUUAGUAUGUUGUCACUGAGACUUAAGUAGCCUACUUAAUAAUAUUGAAUCAUCAAUGGUGUGGUAGUUUACAGAUGGAGUCAUUGGUCAUCACGACUCAACAGAGAGAGAAUGCACAUACAGGCCAGUUACA